GAGAGAGAGAGAGAGAGAUGGGUGGGGGAGUGAGAAGAACAUUGAAGAAGGGUUUAGGAGAGAUGGGGUUCGCCGUCGGUGGUGGAACCGUCAACUGGUUCCCUGGCCACAUGGCUGCAGCCACUCGAGCCAUUCGCGACCGCCUCAAGCUCGCCGACCUCGUCAUCGAAGUCCGCGACGCCCGCAUACCACUGUCCUCUGCAAACCAAGACCUCCAGCCUUUGCUCUCCAGCAAACGACGCCUUAUUGCUCUCAACAAGAAAGAUUUGGCCAAUCCCAAUAUCAUGCAUGAGAAGAUUAAGCGAGCUACAGUGGGACCAUUGCCUGGUGUUACACAAGAUAUUGCCGGAUAUAAGAUUGCCCAUCACCCUAGCAUAUAUGUUUUGGACAGUCCAGGAGUAUUGGUUCCUAGUAUCCCAAACAUAGAAACAGGGUUAAAGCUAGCUUUAGCAGGGUCCGUGAAAGAUUCUGUGGUUGGGGAAGAGCGUAUUGCUCAGUAUUUACUAGCAGUUCUGAACACUCGGAGCACUCCCCUACACUGGAGGCACUUGAAUGGUAGAGGAACUGAGGUGCUUAAGUGUGAAUCUGAUGACAAAAAAGAGUAUAACCUCAGAGAUCUUCUGCCGAAAAGGAGGAAGCCCCAAAGUAACUCUGAUGUGCAUUACAUUGAGGAUAUUGUUACUGAAGUUCAGCGUGCACUAUACACACCUCUCUCGGAAUUCAAUGGUAGUUUGGAGAAUGAAAGUGAUCUGGAGAGCCUUAUAGAGCAGCAGUUUGAAGCGCUCCAGAAAGCAUUGAAGAUACCCCACAAGGCAUCUGAAGCUCGUACCAUGGUGUCAAAGAAGUUCCUCACUUUAUUCAGGAUAGGUAAACUCGGUCCCUUCAUCCUUGACGAUGUCCCUGAUGCCUCUAAUUCUCUAUCUUAA